AUGACUCCGACGAGAUCUCAUGAAGAAAAAGCACCUAAAAAACUAAAAGCAUUAGUCUCAAUUGAACGACAUUAUCGACAAAAAAAAAGUACCGGAAUGGACGACUCCAACAACAAAAUUUUACCAAGAAAAAGCACCCAAAAAAACAAUCAAGUAACAAACAAAAAGCUCAAAAAAAAAAGAACCUAUACUUCCCUGAAAUAUAACACCAUUGGCGAAAAAAAAGUACCGAAAUGGACGACUCCAAUGACAGGACCUCAUGAAGAAAAAGCAUUUAAAAAAUUGAAAUCAUUAAUAUCAAAAAAACCCAAAUUGGACGACACUAUCGGCGAAGAAAAAGUAUCAGAAUGGACGACUCCAACAAGAUGGGAUCCCACAAAGAAAAGCACCUAA